AUGGUUUGUUAUUACUCCAACUUCUUUGAGAUGGAAAAGCUACAGAGGACAACUGCCCCUGCAGUCAUCAAGAGACUCAAACAUCAUUUUGGGAGAUAUGGAGUGCCUGACAUCAUUGUAUCUGACAAUGGUCCUCUUUUCUCUUCAAGAGACUUUGCUGAACUUGCCAAGGAGCUUGGAGUUGAGCACAAUACCAUCUCUCCAUACAACAGCAAAGCUAAUGGCAAAGCAGAGUCUGCUGUCAAGACUGCAAAAAGACUACUUACAAGAUGCAAGGAUACUGGAGAUGAUGUUGAUCUAGCCUUACUCAACAUUCGCUACACCCCUACACAAGAUAUCCAGAGAAGUCCAGCCCAGAGAUUCAUGGGUGGUCGGACUCGUACUCUCCUCCCCACUUCGACUCGGUUGCUAGCACCUGAUCGCAACCCACAGACUGAUCUUGAGAGACCGAAAGAAAGCCAGAAAUGUCAAGCAAAGUAUUUUAACAGAGAUACAAGAAAGUUGAAAGAUCUCUUUCCAGGAGCAGUCGCACGAGUCAAGCCAUUCGACAAUGACAAGAAGUGGAAGAAAGCAGUUAUCCUUAAAAAACUGGAUGACCGUUCCUAUGAAGUUCGCUGUGAGGGCCAGGUUCUCAGAAGGAACAGAGAACACCUCAGAGCCAUAUCUGAACCACAAGAUGUAAAUGACGCUGGUCCUGCUCUGUUCAACUGGAGACUUUCUUAUGGUAAUUCUCAACCUGAUGUACCAACUACUGAGCGCCAUACUUCCCAUACUAGGACCAAGAUGUCCCAGACUGCGGAUAUUAACAGUCCGGAGAAGUCGCGUGAUGCAAACUUGAAUACCUCAGAAACAGAACCAACCAACCCAGCUUCCCUGAGACGAUCUAGACGUCAGCGAUGCGAACCGCUUAAGAUGAGGGAUUUUGUUACAUUUUGA